AUGACGCCCGAGGUCGAGCAAGAAUUAGCACAUACGCUCCUCGUCGAAUUACUUGCAUAUCAAUUUGCAAGCCCGGUUCGAUGGAUCGAGACUCAAGAUGUCAUUCUCGGCGAGAAGGUCACGGAGCGAAUCGUCGAAAUUGGCCCUGCGGACACACUCGGUGGCAUGGCCAAGAGAACACUUGCUUCCAAAUAUGAAGCCUACGACGCGGCCAAGUCAGUACAACGGCAAAUUCUGUGCUACAACAAAGAUGCCAAAGAGAUCUACUACGACGUUGACCCAGUCGUCGAAGAAGAGGCGGCCCCAGCGGGUGGUGAUGCGCCAGCUUCAAGCUCAUCCUCAGCCCCUGCACAAUCUUCUGCGCCAGCAGCUGCAGCCGCGCCCCCGCCACCGAGCUCUGGGCCGGCAGCAGCUGUAGAAGAUGCUCCUGUUCAAGCGGUUGACAUUGUUAGGUCUUUGAUCGCCCAGAAGCUGAAGAAGCCAUUUGCAGAUAUACCACUAAGCAAAGCUAUCAAAGACUUGGUUGGCGGCAAAUCUACUCUACAAAAUGAAAUUCUCGGAGACCUUGGCAAAGAAUUUGGUUCGACGCCUGAGAAACCAGAAGAUACCCCCCUCGACGAACUAGGCGCCUCAAUGCAAGCCACAUUCAAUGGUCAGCUGGGCAAGCAGUCCUCGUCAUUGGUUGCAAGACUUGUUUCCUCCAAGAUGCCUGGCGGGUUCAACAUCACAGCUGUUCGCAAGUACCUUGAGACAAGAUGGGGAUUGGGCGCUGGACGGCAAGACGGCGUGUUGCUGCUUGCAUUGACCAUGGAGCCUGCGUCUCGCCUAGGGUCGGAGGGCGAUGCCAAGGUAUAUCUUGACGAUACAGCAAACAAGUACGCUUCGAACGCUGGCAUCAACCUUUCAGCGCCUACAGCGGGUGGUGAUGCAGGUGCCGGUGGGGGAGGCAUGAUGAUGGACCCGGCUGCAAUUGACGCUCUCACGAAAGAUCAGAGAGCUCUUUUCAAACAACAAUUGGAGCUUUUCGCACGAUACCUCAAGAUGGAUCUCCGAGCUGGAGACAAGGCUUACGUUGGUUCCCAAGAGUCACAGAAAGUUCUUCAGGCACAACUGGACCUCUGGAAUACUGAGCAUGGCGAGUUCUAUGCUAAUGGCAUUGAGCCUUCAUUCAGCCAGUUGAAGGCCAGAGUCUACGAUUCAGCGUGGAACUGGGCUCGUCAAGACGCACUCUCCAUGUACUACGAUAUCAUCUUUGGGCGAUUAAAGGCCGUCGAUCGUGAGAUUGUCAGUCGGUGUAUUCGCAUCAUGAACCGAUCCAAUCCUCUACUCCUCGACUUCAUGCAAUACCAUAUGGACACAUGCCCAACCGAACGAGGAGAAACCUACAAGCUGGCCAAGGAACUCGGAAAAGAAUUGAUCAGCAAUUGCAAAGAGGUCCUCGGCCAAGCUCCAGUAUACAAAGAUGUCGCGAUACCUACUGGACCACAGACUAUUGUCGAUGGACGCGGUAACCUUGAUUAUGCAGAGAUCCCCAGAGCCAGCGCGCGCAAGCUUGAGCACUACGUGCGAGAGAUGGCGGAUGGUGGCAAGCUCUCGGAGUACGGCAACCGGACUAAGGUGCAGAACGACCUCAGUCGGAUCUACAAGCUCAUCAAGCAGCAACACAAGCUCUCAAAAUCAUCACAGCUCCAGAUCAAGUCUCUAUAUGAGAAUGUUAUCCGCUCUCUCGCGAUGAACGAGGGCCAGAUUAUGCCGCUUGAGAAUGCUAAGCCAAACGGGAAAUUGACGAACGGCCAUGCUAAAAAGGGAGGCAAGAAUGGCUCACGGUUGGCGAUGAAUGGACACGUGAAGCAAGGCAAGGUAGAGACAAUCCCGUUCUUACAUCUCAAGAGGAAGGAUGAGCAUGGGUGGGAAUAUAGUAAGAGGCUCACCGGCAUCUAUCUUGAGGGCCUCCAGCACGCUGCCAACGAGGGUGUCACAUUUCAGGGCAAGAACGCACUGAUGACAGGAGCCGGUGCUGGAUCUAUCGGCGCCGAUGUAUUGCAAGGUCUGAUCAGUGGUGGCGCGAAGGUCAUUGUGACCACCAGCAGGUUCUCUCGCGAAGUCACCGAGUACUACCAAUCAAUGUAUGCGCGAUAUGGUUCCAGUGGUUCGCAACUAGUUGUCGUGCCAUUCAAUCAAGGGAGCAAACAGGACGUUGAGGCACUGAUCGAGUAUAUCUACGACACCAAGAAAGGCUGCCUCGGCUGGGACCUCGACUAUGUCGUACCAUUCGCCGCAAUUCCUGAGAAUGGUCGAGAAAUCGACAGCAUUGAUUCAAAGUCAGAACUUGCUCAUCGUAUCAUGUUAACCAACCUUUUGAGGCUCCUCGGUAGCAUCAAGACCCAGAAACAGGCCCGCGGCUUCGAAACUCGACCAGCCCAAGUCAUCCUUCCUCUAUCCCCCAACCACGGCACUUUUGGCAACGAUGGUCUAUACUCAGAAUCCAAAUUGGCGCUCGAGACGCUCUUCAAUAGGUGGCAUUCAGAAAGCUGGGGCAAUUUCCUCACCAUCUGCGGUGCAGUCAUUGGCUGGACUCGAGGCACUGGACUCAUGUCUGGCAACAAUGUUGUUGCCGAAGGUGUCGAAAAGUACGGUGUCCGUACCUUUUCCCAGCAAGAGAUGGCUUUCAACCUUCUCGGACUCAUGGCGCCAAACAUUGUCAACCUUUGCCAAUUGGAGCCUGUCUUCGCUGAUCUCAAUGGGGGUCUUCAAUUUAUCCCGGACCUCAAGGAUCUCAUGACCAACCUUCGCAAGGAAAUCAUGGAGACCAGCGAAGUCCGAAAAGCCGUAACCAAAGAAACUGCCAUCGAGAACAAGAUUGUCAACGGAGAAGACAGCGAAGCACUAUACAGGAAGGUCACCGUCGAGCCACGUGCCAACAUCAAAUACCAAUUUCCAGAAUUGCCAGACUGGAAGAAUGAUAUCGAGCCUCUCAACGGCAAUCUCAAAGGGAUGGUCAAUCUUGACAAAGUCGUCGUCGUCACAGGCUUCUCCGAAGUCGGACCAUGGGGGAACUCCCGAACAAGAUGGGAGAUGGAGGCUUAUGGCCAAUUCUCGCUUGAAGGAUGCGUUGAGAUGGCUUGGAUCAUGGGCCUCAUCCGAAAUCAUAACGGCCCACUCAAAGGUAAAUCAUAUUCAGGCUGGGUGGAUGCCAAGACUGGCGACCCAGUAGACGAUAAGGACAUCAAGGGCAAAUAUGAGAAAUACGUCUUGGAACAUUCUGGUAUUCGUCUGAUUGAGCCUGAGCUCUUCAAUGGCUACGAUCCGAAUAAGAAGCAGCUCAUGCAAGAAGUCGUGAUUGAAGAGGACCUUGAUCCGUUUGAAUCGUCCAAGGAAACCGCCGAGGAAUUCAAGCGGGAGCAUGGCGACAAGGUCGAGGUUUUCGAAGUCGCUGAGUCUGGAGAGUUUACAGUUCGCUUGAAGAAAGGAGCAACUUUACUCAUCCCGAAAGCACUCAAGUUCGAUCGUCUCGUCGCUGGUCAAAUACCUACAGGCUGGAGUGCAAAGACCUACGGUAUUCCCGACGAUAUCAUCUCCCAAGUCGACCCUGUCACCCUCUAUGUCCUCGUCUGCACUGUCGAAUCCCUCCUUGCAUCUGGUAUCACCGAUCCGUAUGAGUUCUAUCAGUAUGUUCAUAUCUCAGAGGUCGGAAAUUGUAUAGGUUCAGGUAUCGGUGGAACUACCGCCUUGCGUGGGAUGUACAAAGACCGUUUCUUGGACAAGCCGCUGCAAAAGGAUAUCCUGCAAGAGUCAUUCAUCAACACAAUGAGCGCCUGGGUCAACAUGCUGCUGCUCUCGUCUACCGGCCCAAUCAAGACCCCUGUUGGUGCAUGUGCUACAGCGGUCGAAUCGGUUGAUAUCGGCUACGAGACUAUCCUGGAAGGGAAGGCCAGGGUCUGCUUCGUUGGUGGCUUCGAUGAUUUCCAAGAGGAAGGCUCCUACGAAUUCGCCAACAUGAAAGCCACAAGCAAUGCCGAAGAUGAGUUUGCUCAUGGUAGAACACCAAAAGAGAUGUCUCGUCCCACCACCACAACUCGAAAUGGCUUCAUGGAGUCACAAGGAUGUGGUAUGCAGGUGAUCAUGAGUGCUCAGCUUGCCUUGGAUAUGGGUGUACCAAUUUACGGUAUUCUUGGACUUACUGCCACUGCCACAGACAAAAUUGGUCGAUCCGUACCAGCUCCUGGCCAAGGUGUAUUAACCACAGCUCGCGAGACCCCGUCGAAGUUCCCAUCACCUCUUUUAGAUAUCAAGUACCGACGGCGACAGCUCGAUUUGAGGAAAGCACAUAUCAAACAAUGGCAUGAGUCUGAGCUCAUGUACUUACAAGACGAAGUCACCGCAAUGAAGUCACAAGGUGGUGAUUUCAACGAGUCGGAAUACAUGCAAGACCGGGCUGCGCACAUUGAACGGGAGGCCAUUCGCCAAGAGAAGGAGGCAACAUUCAGCUUGGGCAACAACUUCUGGAAAGAAGAUUCGCGGAUCGCACCCCUCCGAGGAGCACUCGCUACAUGGGGUCUAACAAUCGAUGAUCUUGGUGUCGCCUCGUUUCACGGAACAUCGACAGUCGCGAAUGACAAGAACGAGUCCGAUGUCAUCUGCCAGCAGAUGAAGCAUCUGGGCCGGAAGAAGGGCAAUGCUCUGCUGGGUAUCUUCCAAAAAUAUCUUACCGGUCAUCCAAAGGGUGCUGCUGGCGCCUGGAUGUUCAACGGCUGCUUGCAAGUUCUCAACAGUGGUCUCGUACCCGGCAACCGCAACGCAGACAAUGUUGAUAAAAUCAUGGAGAAAUUCGAUUAUAUCGUAUAUCCGAGCCGCUCCAUUCAAACCGAUGGCGUCAAAGCUUUCUCGGUCACCUCCUUCGGUUUCGGCCAAAAAGGCGCUCAGGCCAUUGGCAUCCAUCCAAAAUACCUAUUUGCUACCCUGGACCAAGCACAAUUCCAAACAUACAAGCAGAAGGUUCAAGCACGACAGAAGCGCGCCUACCGAUACUUCCACAACGGUCUCAUCACCAAUACCAUGUUCGUCGCCAAGACUCACUCACCUUACGCCGAUGCACAACAAAGCCAAGUCUUCCUCAAUCCCAACGCACGCGUGACCGUUGACAAAAAGACUCAUGAGCUGACGUACCCCAUCGUUCCUCACAAAGCCAACGAUCCCAAGACCGAACAGGCCCGAGAGAUGGCUGAGUCCCUGAUAAAAGCCAAUGCAUCCGCGAACUCGAAGAUCGGCGUCGAUAUCGAGAACGUGGAUGCCAUUAAUAUUGAAAACGAAACCUUCGUCGAGCGGAACUUUACAGCGUCUGAGCAGGCAUAUUGCCGCAAAGCAGGAAGUGCACAAGCCAGCUUUGCAGGGAAGUGGAGUGCGAAAGAGGCUGUCUUCAAGAGCUUGGGCGUACCGAGCAGAGGGGCAGGAGCCGCGUUGAAGGAUAUUGAGAUUGGAAAUGACGAGAACGGUGCUCCGGUUGUUACUUUGUACGGUGACGCCAAAGCUGCCGCCAACAAAGUUGGCAUGAAGGGCGUGGAAGUAAGCAUAAGCCAUAGUGAUGCCCAGGCUAUCGCUAUUGCCGUCUCGAAGUUUUGA